ACCCCGUUUAUACAAAUAUGUUUGAUAAUGGCUGUGUUAAUGCACAUACUAGUUUAUAUCUCCGCUGUUAAUCACGUUCUAGGUGCAUCACUGUCUGUUUCUGGAUCUUCGCGUUAUGCAGAGUUGAAUCGGCCAUUUACCUUGACGUGCACAGUGUCACAGGCUGCUAAUUUGAUUGAUAAAGUACUGUUCAUUACGAGAGCAUCAACUGAUGCAUUUGCUUCUCUCAGACAGAAUAUGGCUUCAUGUUCUGUAUUCAAUGUGGCACGACCAGGUUACACUGUGUCCUGUGGCAGUGGAACCGACAGCAGUUCGUCCUCCACUAAGACGUAUUCUCUGACAAUUAAUAGAGCUGCAGAACAUGAUGCUAAAGAUUGGUGGUGUGAUCUGAGUACAGCGAAAACACGCAGCAACACAUUUAGUCUGCAGUUCAGUAGAGGUCCAGACUCUGUUACAUUAAGUCCACCACCACCUGGGUCUGUAGCAGAAGGAGACAGUCUGACUGUGACGUGUGCUGCUAGUUGUAAUCCACCAUGUUCCUAUUCCUGGACUCUGGGAAAUCAGCGGAUCUCAGCAACCUCUCAGUUAACACUGACAAACAUCAACAGGAGUCAGACAGGGAAUGUAUACAUGUGUACAGCUACCAACUCACUUAUACCAAAAUCUAAAACUAAACAGUUUACACUGACAGUGUACUAUGGUCCAGACAGUGUCCAGCUGAACACCACUUCUCCACUGACAGUGAAGGAAGGUGACGAUGUAGCUGUGCCAUGUGGGGCUACUAACUGUUCUCCAUCCUGUUCUUUCAUGUGGAAGUUUAAAUCUCAGAUAAAAUCAAGCAGUGAUGUGCUGUCAUUAAAUAACAUACAGAGAUCUUCAGCUGGUUCACCAAGACUAGACCAUCGAGUUUCAUUCCAAAAAGAGUUUGCAACAGCAGUAGGUGGUGAUGUAACUCUGAAGAUAUCAGUGAUUGCCAAUCCAACACCCACAUUCACCUGGUACAAUCUGACUGAUGGAAAUAAAAACAGACUUGGGUCUAGAAGUCCAGCUACAACUGGCGUGUCUGCUGUUGGAAAACUUACACUGACAAAUGUUCAGCAUGGAGAUAUUGGUACCUAUCAGGUUGUUGUGUCAAAUGGAGCUAAAGACACAGAUCUUGUUAAGAACGUCACACUUGAUGUAUCAGGUUCUCCGAAUAUUCCGUCUGCUUUGUCAGUAUGGAGCAGUGAUCCACAUUCAGUCUCAGUUGCUUGGUUGGAGGGAUUUAACGGAGGAUCAGAGCAGACGUUUCUAGUGCAAUACCGAGUAGAUACAAUAUCACGGUGGACAAAUGUCACUGAAGUGAUUCUAGAAAAAGGUGUUAACACAAUUCAGAAAGCUGUUAUAUCAAAUCUUCAACCAAAGACGAGAUAUCUGGUGCGGGUUUUGGCUUAUAACAUAUAUGGAUACAAAGGCUUUACCAAAGAACAGGAAACGUUGACAUUACCUCCAGGUGAAUCGUUUCUACCAACCUCAUCAAAUAAAUUAACCGGGGAAGGAAUUGCUUUAGGGAUUGUGAUUGGGAUUGCUACUGCUGUCUGGAUAGAGACUUUCUUUGUUAUUUUGUGGAGACGAGGUUUUGUGUGUGCUUCUUCAAAAUCAGAUGGGAAGCAGUCUGAAGGUAAUGUACAUCAACAUGGACAACUAGACGACACACGACGUGGGAACAGAACUGAACUAGAUAAUUCUGGUGACCAGGCAAACACAUACGAGGGACUGGGAAUUCGAGAAGAUACGCCGUAUGCAAAAAUGGAACUUUAUGAAAAUCUCAAGACAUGAGGACAUGCUGCCCAUUGUGACAUCUUCUGGGUCAGCUGCCAGAAAGACGUGCUCUCAG